UUCAUUUAUAACAUUUUCUUUCUCUCUUUCACCUUCUGCCUUUUUUUGCUCUUGAUUGAUGUAAUCAAAAAACUUUUGACAUGGGGAAGCUGAACCAGAAAUACAACUCAAGAUCAUGGUUCAGGAAGACAAAGCAGAUGCAAAUUUGGUUGAGCAAAGAAAUGGAAGUAGCCAGUCGACAAUCACUCAACAUAGAAGCUAUAAAUGGUGGAUCCUAAUGGCAAUAUAUUCAUCCUUUCUCCUCGCUGGCCAGUCAGUGGCUACACUUCUUGGAAGACUGUACUAUAACAAAGGUGGAAACAGCAAGUGGAUGGCAACCCUAGUUCAACCUGGGGGCUUCCCAAUUCUCAUUCCCUUGUAUUACCUUUCAUCAUAUAAAAUUUCAACAGAAAACAGUAGCAGCAACAUAAUAAUAACAAAACCACCGUCUGUUUUAGUCCUGUCAGCUAUGUAUGUUGCACUUGGAGUACUUCUGGCAGCAGAUUGCCUGUUGUAUUCACUUGGGCUUUUAUACCUUCCGGUCUCCACUUAUUCCCUCAUUUGUGCUUCUCAGUUAGCCUUCAAUGCCUUGUUUUCCUUCUUCUCACAAAAGUUCACUGCUUUCAUAAUCAACUCCCUUGUCCUCCUUACUAUCUCUUCUAUCCUUCUUGUAUUCCAAAACGAUUCCUCUGGUGGAUCCAAUCAUGUUUCCAAAGGAAAGUAUGUAAUCGGAUUUGUAUGUACCGUUACUGCUUCAGCUGGGUACGGAUUAAUGGUGUCUUUAACACAACUCUGUUUCCAGAAGGUUUUGAAGAAACAAACAUUCAAGGUUGUCUUAGACAUGAUAAUCUAUCAAUCACUGGUUGCAACUUUGAUAAUCCUCGUGGGAUUUUUCGCUAGUGGGGACUGGAAAAGUAUUAAGAGAGAAAUGGAAAGGUUUGAACUAGGAAAGGUAUCCUACGUGAUGGUUCUAGUUUGGAUUGCUAUAGCUUGGGAUGUUUUCUCAAUUGGUGCGGUGGGGUUGAUCUUCGAAGUCUCCUCACUUUUCUCAAACGUCAUCAGCACUCUAGGGCUACCCAUUGUUCCAAUCUCGGCAAUCAUAUUUUUCCACGAUUCAAUGACUGGAAUUAAGGUCAUUUCCAUGGUAUUGGCUGUAUGGGGAUUUGUUUCCUACGUUUACCAGCACUAUCUCGAUGAUCGCAACUCUCUGACUGGAAAAUAAUAAGUUCAAUUAAUAUUGUCAAGAGACAGUGUUGGUUAAUUAAUUACGCAGGAAGAGCUCAUGUGUGUGUAUAUAGUUUAUAUACAUAUAUAUAAAUACAUACAUAUAUAGUUAGUUAGUUAGUUAGUUUCAUUCCAGUGAGAGAGUUCACGUUAAUUUUAAUAGAAUUUCCCUCUCCCAAAGGCUACCAAACUCCUAUAUCAAAUGAUGUAUAAAAGCUAGAAAAAGAGAAUUGCUAUUUCAGAAUGAGAGAGUACUUUGCACGUAGCAA